AUGCAAGAGGAGCACAGUAGCAGAACAAUCGGCGGCGGAAACGGGCGCGCGUUUCGAUGGUUGAUGGCAAACUGCACCGGCCUUGGGUUUAGUUCACGUUAUAAAACAAUGUUUAGUGAACAACUGCCGGCCGCGGCGCGUUGUUGCCGCGGCGCAUGCGCACCGGAUUUCGAUCAACAAAAUAAUGUUUUCCGUUUGUACAUCGGGAAAAACAAAAACCCAGUCGUCGUCGUCGCCGCCGCUUCCCAAGGUUGCGUCGAAAAAAACACUCGCCGUGUCACACGCACGCACAAAGCGGCGGGAGGGCGACAACAAUGA